AUGGGUAAAUGCAGUUCCGGUCAACAGAAGCGGAUUGUGAUGGCAAUGGAGUUGACGCCAGACAUCAAACCUAAUCUCAUUUGUGUUGACGAACCCACGAGUGGUGUCGACAGCUAUUCAGCGCUUUUAAUGAUAAAGUGCUUUAAAAAGUUGUCUCAAAGACAUAGCCUAACGAUCAUAACAUCCAUACAUCAGCCAAACCUCGAAAUACUAAUGCUUUUCGACUCACUGUAUGUUUUGGCCAAAGGAGGGCUCACCGUUAUGAGGCCAGGUGGCUUUGUGGACAGGAAUGGGUAA